AUGGCGCUGCAAGGCUGUGCCGUGUGGUGCAGCAGCCGCACCACCCGGCACCACCUGUCUCCCUCUGCUCCAGCACCCGCCCCCAGGCGACCCUCCCGGCUGGCAGUAAACGCCAUUGCAGCGCCAAAGGAGGUGGACGCCCUGCCCUCAGUGGGCGCGCUUGAGGCGGAGCUGCAGCGCCGCGUGGCGGCAGCCACUGCUGCUGCCGCCGCUCCCACCACCACCGGCCGCGUCGUGCUGGAGAGCCCAGAAGAGCUGCGCUCCACCUGGGAGCACCGUGCCUGGGUGGGCAGCGCCACGACGCUUAUGGCAGCCACGCUGGCCACCGGGCUGAGCGGUGUGGAGGGCGUGGAGGGAGCACUGGAGGCGGGCGCUGCGCUCUUUGCGGCAUACGUGCUGGCAGAUCUGGGAACCGCUUUCUACCACUGGGGAGUGGACAACUAUGGCGAUGGCAGCACCCCCGUCUUUGGCGGGCAGAUCGCAGCCUUCCAGGGGCACCACCAGCGCCCCUGGACCAUCACCGAGCGCGAGUUCUGCAACAACAUGCACAAGCUGUUCCGCCCCGCAGUGCCCUUUGCGGGCGCCCUGCUCCUGGGCGCAGCGGCGGGCGCGCCGGCGUGGUGGGACGUCUGGUCCUCCUCCUUCCUCUUCCUGUGCUGCAUGAGCCAGCAGCUGCACGCCUGGAGCCACAUGAAGAAGAGCGAGCUGCACCCGGCGGUGGUGGCACUGCAGGACGCCGGGCUGCUCAUCUCACGCAAGGCCCACGGCGCGCACCACAAGGCCCCCUUCAACUGCAAGUAUGCCAUCGUGAGCGGCUGGUGGAACCCGCUGCUGGAUGGAGACUCGCCAGAGGCCAGCCUGUGGAUGAGGCUGGAGCGCAUGAUUCAUGCCAGCACGGGCGUGGAGCCGCGCGGCUGGCACGAGCCCGAGCAGGCGUGGCAGGAGCAGCAGCGGCCAGGCGCGGGUCGGUGA